ACGAGGGAUGAAGAGGGAGAUGAUGAUACUGAGCGCUGAGACGGCUGAGAGUCAAACGGAUGAUUGAUGGCUUUCAUGCAACAGAAAAAGAAGAAGAGGCUGAAAUCUGAUCCUGGAACGAGCCUCUGUCUGCACUCGGAUCAUGACGGCGCUAACUCUGCUGCUGGGGAUACUGCUCCUGAACGCCUCUCUCCAGAGCUCAGAAAGCGAUGGUCGUGACUUUGAGGAGGUGAAGGACUACGAGGUGGUCCGACCGGUCCGACUUCACACAGUCAGAAAAAGAGACACACAGGAUCUGCGGCCAGAGACUAUGAAAUAUGCAAUGAGGGUGGGAGGAAGAGACAUUGAGAUGCACCUAGAGAAAAAUAAUGAAUUAUUACCCAAAGACUACACAGAGACUUUCUAUCAAGAUGAUGGGACUCGAGUCACCACAACUCCCACUGACAUCGAUCACUGCUACUAUCAUGGGAGCAUCGUGGAUGACAGUCAAUCAUCGGUCAGCAUCAGCACAUGUGAUGGACUCAAGGGUUACUUCAGGACGUCUGCUCAGAGGUAUCUGAUUGAGCCGCUGUCCGGUGGGGAUGAAGGGGAUCACGCCGUGAUGACCUUUGAUGACAAGAACUUCUCCCCCGCAGUGUGUGGGGUCACCAACACCAGCUGGAGCGAGGACUUUGAACCGCCAACCAGCCGCAGUCGCUCCAGAUCUGCGGUAACAACAACAACACCACUCUGGAAAACAUACUCUUUAAAUGGGAUUGACUUUGAAGGAGCCACGGUGGGACUGGCUUUCAUCGGGACUCUUUGCUCAGGUCACUCUGUUGGAGUCGUACAGGAUCACACGAGCAAGGCCAUUGCAGUGGGGGCGACGCUGGCUCAUGAGAUGGGUCACAACCUGGGAAUGAACCACGACGACUCCAGCGCCUGCCACUGUUCUGGAAGGAGCUGCAUCAUGGCUCCAGCCCUCAGCUAUGAUGUACCCCGCACUUUCAGCAGCUGUAGCUCCAACUUCUACGAAUACCUGACGGGCCGCAGCCCGAGCUGCCUGCUGGACAGACCGGACUACAUGUCCUUGAUGACCCCUUCCCUCUGCGGGAACGGCUUUUUGGAGGCGGGGGAGCAAUGUGACUGUGGCACCGUGGAGGAGUGCGUGAACACGUGCUGCAACGCCACCACCUGCAGGCUGAGGGAGGGAGCGCAGUGUGCAGAGGGGGAGUGCUGCCAGGACUGUCAGGUGUCUCCUCGCUCCCAGGAAUGUCGCUCUAAGAAGGAUGAGUGCGACCUCGCGGAGAACUGCGAUGGGAAGAGCAGCAGCUGUCCCGAGGACGUGUUCGCGGUGAACGGGCUCCCCUGUGAUGCGGGUCUGGGGUACUGCAUCAACGGUCAGUGUCCCCAGAGGCCGCUCCAGUGCAUCAAACUGUACGGAGCAAGUGCUGUAGAGGCCCGUCCGUUCUGCUACAAGCAUAACACCAGAGGAACGUACUACUCCUUCUGCCAACGACCAGCAAACGACAAGUUCAUCCCCUGCCAGGCAGUAGACAUCUUCUGUGGGAAGCUCUUCUGUGAAGGCGGCAGCGGCAGCCCGAAUUACGGUCGCAUGGUCCGAGUCGGGGAGUGCAAGGCGGCGUUCUUUGGCGACUACACCAAAGACUACGGCCAGGUGGACACGGGGACCAAAUGUGGGGAUGGAAAGGUGUGCAGCCAGAAUGAGUGUGUGGAGCUUCAGACGGCAUACAGAAAUACAAACUGUUCAGCGAAAUGCCAAGGACACGCUGUGUGUAACCACAGGAGUGAGUGUCAGUGUGAGGCCGGCUGGAUGCCUCCUCACUGCACCUCCAAAGAGGCCUACGGUGGUCUCUCUACAGGAGCAACCGUUGCCAUCGCUCUGACGGUGAUAUUAGUGGUGUUAGGUGCCAUUGCUGGAGUGGUAGGAUUCAUCUGCAAGAAACGACAGAGUCCCAUGCUGCCAACUUCACACACUCAGAGGAAGCUGCCAGUGAUGCACAGUCAACAGACGCCAGUGCAGGUUGCAAGAAAACCCAAAGGAGCUCCACCUCCACCUCCUCCAGCGGGAAACAGACCCAAACCACCGGGCCAGAACUACAGCGCUGCACGCCAGGCUCUGAGGCCGGUUCCUCCCCCGAAGGUCUGAAGGUCGGACCCUGUGCCAAAUCCUGCAGUGACUCACUUUCAACCCAACGAUUGAAUAAACGCGCCUCUGCGAUUUCCUCUGCAGCACGACGGAGUCUUUACCCGUGAUGUGCGGGAAAGAAAGACUGGACUUGAACUCAUCUCGUGCGCUGAUGCUUUUUGGGAUGAGCUGUUCUUCAUGCACUUUGUUUUAGCACAGGGUGCAAACACCGCCCUGAGUGUGAGCCAUACCAUUGUAUACAUGUCGUUGUCUCCAUAACGGUACAGACUGAACGUUAUUGUCAGACGGUUUCCUGCAAUAUUUUUUACCGUGUAUUUUUAUUCUGCCUGUUAAUAAUGGUGAUGCUUCUCUGGUGCAUGAUGGUGCAAUGUGUAAAGACCAACAAACCAAAAGAUUAUUAGGACUGAAUUGUCACUGCCACCGGAGUCAUCUACACAAAGCAACGCCUUUGUUCAAACGAAAGGAACGAAAGGAGAUGAAUGUGUUGGUGAUACAAGAUACAGUCUCUGUGAUAUAUUUACAGAACAUAUUAAGACAAAACACAACCAGAUCAGGUCAAUUCUAUCAUGUGAUAUCAGCAUACACUUCUGUCUCAAUGGGGUUCACUGUGUGAGCUCGUGCAGAUUGUGUAGGAGUCUACGAAAUAUAUAUAUUUGAAUGUUUCUUACAAACGGACCAUUGAUGUUGCAUUACUAAUAAAAUGUUUGUAAAUUGUGAA